UGAUCGGUUUCCAUACUACAAAUCGAACGAUGAUCGUUGGAAGAAUUCAGUGCGACAUAACCUCUCCAUCAAUCCGCAUUUCCGCAAAGGUCACAAAGCGCCACAAGGAGCUGGCCACCUGUGGACAAUAUCCAGUGGAGACUCAGCAGAAAAUGUGCUAGCAUGGGAACAUAAGAAGCAGCGACUGGACUUAUUCUUCAAAAUGGAGUCCAUGAAUCGUGAACGCCUACAGCAGCAUCAACAACAAAUGCAGCAGCAGCAAAGUUGCACCUCACCACAUCCGGAUUGCCAACAAAUGCAGCAGCAGCAACAACAGCAACAACAACAAGGACCCCAACAACAAUGCGUCUAUGAUGAAGCCGCAACAGCAGCCGCCACAAUUACACGAGAAAUGCUCAACAGCAGCAGCAGCGAAGAGACCUGCGGGCAGAGAUGCAACACAACUACGGACAACAACAAUCACAGACUAGAGAGCACAUCGUUGGUGCAUGAAUUGCCAUUCAACGAUCUGAUGAGCGACGAAGAGCUCCGCAAAACGGCUGGACAAAUUCUGAAUGGCAUACAUCGCGAGGUAGAGGUGCAAUCGGUGAACUCAAUUAUUAGUACCUAUCACGAUGUGCUGCUGGAUAAUGAAGAUUACCUUAAUCCCAUUCACAAGGAUGUCGCUGUGCAUGAGAGUGGUCUACGUAGCACGAAUGCAACACAUCUGCCAACCGCUACAUAUACAAAUUCCCAUAAUUCGAGCUCCCAGUAUUAUGUCACCGAAAUCGAUCCACUCGAACUGGGCAUACAAAUGUCACAUCAAGUGGGUGCGGAGGAGGUGCUCUUCAGCGAUGAAUUCAAUUUGAAUUACUUUGGUUACAAUGGCGCCAAUGAUAUUGUUGCCUGA